UAUACGAAUCAUAAUCAGAAACUGUAAUUAGUUUGGUGUGUUACACGGACCAGUUCAUUUGAUCAGUUUGGCUGUUAUUUUCUAAUCUGUGUUAUUGAUACUUCUCCUUCUCCGCCGACACUACACAGUGAAACAUCAAGCAAUAUGAGCAAUCAUCAAACUGUGUUGAGGCAAUUAGAGCAAUGGUGUGAGCUCAAAAAUAAAGUGGUUCUUGUGACAGGAGCUUCCUCUGGUAUAGGAAGAGAGAUCUGUCUUGAUCUAGGCAAAGCUGGUUGUAAGAUUAUCGCAGCAGCUCGUCGUGUUGAUCGUCUCAACUCUCUCUGCUCUGAAAUCAACAGCUUCGAUUCAGCCGGGAUCCAAGCCGCAGCACUUGAGUUAGACGUUUCAUCGGACGGAGACACCAUUCAGAGAGCGGUUAAAGAAGCUUGGGAAAUCUUUGGAAACAUAGAUGUGUUGAUUAACAAUGCUGGAAUCAGAGGCAAUGUCAAGUCUAGUUUGGAUUGGUCAGAAGAAGAAUGGGACAAAGUCUUUAGAACCAAUUUAACCGGAUCUUGGCUAGUAUCCAAAUACGUCUGUGUUUUGAUGCGUGAUGCUAAACGCGGUGGCUCGGUGAUUAACAUCUCAUCGAUCUCUGGGCUUCACCGCGGUUUGUUGCCCGGUGGACUUGCAUAUGCUUGUUCUAAAGGUGGUGUUGACACCAUAACGAGGAUGAUGGCUAUUGAGUUAGGUGUUUAG